AAGCGUAUUGUACUUAUAUUCGUAUCAGUUCGUAUCUUUACUGUGUUAUGAGUUACGUAAAAUUAAAUUCAUAGAUUCCACUGCAUUUAUCUUUUUAAAAUUUUUAUAUAUUUCGUGUAUUAAGUAACAUUACAUAUAAAUAGUUUUGAAAUAAUCGGUAAAAAUGGCAACAAAUGUGCUUAAUUUGAAUGACAUUAAAUCGAGAGCUUUAGAAGCUUUUGCGAAUAAAUUUAAGGAGAAUGCGAACGUUUGUGUGUGCGCACCCGGUCGCGUGAAUUUAAUUGGAGAGCAUACUGAUUACAAUGAAGGUUUUGUUCUACCGAUGGCAUUGCCCAUGGUUACACUCAUAGUUGGAAAACGUAACAAUAUGGAUAAAUGUAAAAUUGUUUCCCUUAGUGAAAUAGUUAGUUCUGAAAAUUAUGUUGAAUUUGAAGUUAGGUCUCAUAAGAGUAUAAAACCAGGAGAACCAAAAUGGGCUAAUUAUGUAAAAGGAUGUAUAGCAAAUUUUAUUUGUGAUGUGCCAUCUUUUAAUGCUGUGAUUGUAUCCUCUGUACCAGUUGGUGCUGGUCUGAGUAGUUCAGCUGCUUUAGAAGUUGCUACUUACACAUUUUUGGAAGCAUUAACUGGUAUAAAAUCAGAAAAGCCACAGGAUAAAGCUUUAGCAUGUCAACGUGCUGAACAUGAUUUUGCUGGAGUUCCAUGUGGUAUCAUGGAUCAGUUUAUCUCUGUAAUGGGUAAAGAAGGCUAUGCUCUUCUUCUUGAUUGUAAAGAUCUUAGUACUAAACAAAUACCUAUGUCACAAAUAAAUGAUUAUAUCUUUCUAAUUACUAACUCUAAUGCUCCUCAUAAAUUAAGUUCAAGCGCAUAUUGUGAGCGCAGAGAUUGUUGUUAUGAAGCUGCAAAAAGAUUAAAUAAAAAAAGUUUACGUGAAGUAUCUAUGAGUGAUAUUCAAGUUUUAAAAUCACAGAAUGUACCUGAAGAAAUGAUAAAACGAACUCGUCAUGUAGUAACAGAAAUUCAAAGAACAAUUGAUGCCGCAGAUGCCCUAGAAAAAGGAAAUUUUGAUAAAUUUGGACAGUUAAUGAAUGAAAGUCAUGAUUCUUUAAAAACAGAUUAUGAAGUAUCUUCUGUUGAGCUAGAUACUUUAGUAAUAGCAGCGAGAGCAAUAAAUGGUGUCUUAGGAAGUCGUUUAACUGGUGCUGGUUUUGGAGGAUGUACAGUAACAUUAUUGAAAAAAGAUGUAAUUGAUGAAGCAAUUAAUCAUAUGAAGGCCAAGUAUUCUGGAAAUGCAACAUUUUAUAUAGCAAGCCCUGCAAUGGGUGCAAGAAUCCUGGAUAUAAAUUAAACAAUAUGAUAAUGGGAAGUAAUUAUUUAGUUUUAACUAAUAAAAAGUCAUGUUAUUGGAGAAAUCUAAUUAAAAAGAUUUAUAAUUUAUUUUCAUAGUUAUAUUAAACAGGCUUGUUUAAUUUUAGAAAAAAAUGAUGUAUUGUUAGAAAAAUAUGUAUACCUACUAGUAGUUUUAUUGAAAUUUUGAUUUUUAUGGGAUAUUAUCUAAAACUUAGAAUAAUGUGCCUGAAACAUUUUUUAAUAUUUGUUAAUAUUUUUUGAAAUGAUAUGAAGUAUUGACAUAUGUUAAAUGUAAUAAGGAGUAAUUUUUAAAUAGCAUGUACAAAUAAUGUGUCUGUAUAAAAAGUCAUGUAAAAUACUAUUGACAGUUUACGUGGAUUUGCGUCAAUGUAUUCAUUUAUGUUUGUAUAUGCACAGGUUCAAGAAUGUAUUCAAACAUUUGUAGAGGUCUUUUGUAAAUAUAUCAUGUGUGUUAUAUGAAACAUUUUGAAAUUUCAUUAGCAUUGCUGCUCUGAGACUUAAUUAUACUCUAAAAGAUAUUCAGAAUAUUCUACAAGAUAUAUAUAUAUGUAUAUACACACAUAUUAUAUAUAAUAUGUUUGUAAUAAAUAUCUCGUAAUUUUUAUAUACAUUUUUCGAUUGGUUUCAAAUUUUAUGAAUAUAAUCAUGACAAUCGUAUCUUAUUACAGUGCUGAUAAAAUUCCAAAAUUUCGUAUAUAACGCACAUAAUAUGGGCAUAAAGGAUUUCUCUGAUAGAUGUUCAAAUAUUUUCGUGAGCCAAUGUACAUCUUAUAAUCCUACUUAUAAUCUGACCCUUUUGGCACAAUAUCGAUGUAGUACAUAUAAUCUUUUCAUAUAUUUUCCUGUAAUAUUUAAAAUUAUUUUAUAUUACUAAUAUGUAUCAUAUGUAUUUUUAAGAAAACAGAAAUUUCGUUUUGUAAUGCAGAAGUACUUAUGUACGUGAAAUAUCGUCGUAUAGUAUAACAUUGUGUCGAAAGGGUUAAUUGUUACAUAUUAAAAUAUGUAAUUGUUACAAGGUAACAAUUAAUUAUAAAAUAAAAUUGUUGCUCUUUAUCAUAA